AUGGCCUCCAUCGCAGGCAAUCGCAAUGCCGCCGCCGCCUCAGGCGCAUCCGCCAAAGUCGAUUCUACCACCCACCAGUACACCUGCAACACUUGCCAGGUUGCUUUCCGACUCGCCGACACCCAGAAGGGACACAUGAAGAGCGAUUGGCAUCGGUAUAACCUCAAGCGCCGAGUUGCGUCUCUCCCCCCAAUCUCCUCUGAAGUCUUUACCGAAAAGGUCCUGCAAGCGCGCGCUGCAACCACUGCCGAGGCCGACCGCGCUGGUUUCCAACAAGUCUGCGACGUUUGCCAGCGUACUUAUUUCAGCGAGAACUCUUACCGAAACCACAUUGGUAGCCGCCAGCACAAGGCCAAGGAAGCAGCAAUGCAGCGCAAGGCCGACGGUAGCGUCGCUGGGGAUGAUGCCGCAAGCACCAUUGUCAGCUCAACCUUUUCUCUGGGCGAGCCUCUACCCAAGGAAGAGGUCGACUCGGAUGCUGAGGAUGAAUUCAGCGAAGUUGUUGAGGGUCUCAAGAAGACGAAUCUGCACGAACGACCUUCCCCUGUCAAGCGCCCGACCAACCCUCCUCCGUCCGCCGAAGGUCAGCACUCAAGAGAGCACCCAGUUUCCGAGAACUCGAGUCAACCUGUUUCGAGCUCUGCAACUCCUGUUCCGACCCUUACUCUCAAGUCCUGCCUUUUCUGUAACUACGACUCUCCCACUGUUGCUCUGAGCGUGGUCCACAUGGAGAGAAUACACGGGAUGUUCAUUCCCGAGAAACAAUACCUGGUCGAUCUCGAGGGUCUCCUCAAGUCUCUCCAAGAGCGUAUUCAAGAACUGAACGAGUGUUUGUACUGUGGCAAGAUGAAGAACAAUGCGUUCGCCGUCCAGACGCACAUGCGCGACAAGGGCCACUGCAAGAUCCCUUUCACAACCGAGGAAGAGCAGCUGGAGAUUGGCGAGUUUUACGACUUCCGCAGCACUUACUCAGACGAUGAGGAGGAAUCCGACGACGAAGAGGAAAACGACAAGUCAGUUGGUGGUGCCAAGCUUGGUGCCCACAGGGCAACCAAGGCUGUUGAUGAGGCCGGCGACGAAGUCAUGGAGGAGGAUGGCUGGGAGACAGACAGUUCGGCUUCGUCGUGUGAUUCUGAUGAGCUCACUUCGAUCCCUGUUGAUCCACACCUUCACCAAUAUGAACGACUUGAUAAGCACCCACACCACUCUUCGCGGGACCCUCGUCACCACCACCAGAUGGAUGGAUGGCACUCGCAUGCUCACAAGCAUCGCGCCGUCUUUUACGAUGACACCCAGCUGCACCUGCCCUCCGGUAAGGCUGUUGGUCACCGUUCUCUCAACAAGUACUACCGCCAGAACCUCCACGCCCACCCGUCGCCAGAGGAGCGUGCCGAACGCCUGGCGAUUGAGGCCAGCGCAGACCCCAUGGACGUCGACGGAGCCGACAACCAGGUCGCCAACCGCCGUGAGCGUGGUCGCAAUGGAGCAUUGGUUACUCGUGCCAAUGGAGGACUCGGCAUGACCAACGUCACAGAUGAGAAGAAGUCCGAGGUACGACGCGCAGAGCUACGGGCUCGCAAGCGGGAGCACAACGCCCAAAGACGCCAAGAAUGGGGUGUCAACAAGCAAAACAACAACCAGAAGUAUUACAACUACCAGAUUUUGUAG